CACACGUGAACGCAGAAAGCGAAUGGGCCAAGAUAUAAUACCAAAUCUGGUCCAGCGUUGUCUUGGCAUGAGAGAGGGAGAUUUGUAGCCUUGUUGCAACUUUGAUGCAUUGAAAAAGGGCCCUCUUUAUGGACGAGUGAUUGCAAUAUAUGCAAAGGCAGGAAGACGUCACACACGUGCGGGAGUUAGUUAGCUAGCUAGCUGAUCUUCACCAGCGGGUAGCGCCCAAGCCUGACUGAAGACCUAAGAGCUCCACUCUGCACCAAGGGCUCUACGUAAAAGCCACACCACGCAGAGGUUGGAAGAGCCGUAACCCAGCCAGUGGAAGGGUCGUCGUCAUCAUCAUCAUCAUCAUCAUCAUCAUCAUCAUGACCCAGAGUCCCGUCCAUGGCUGCUCUGUCUGUGUGGCCCAGCUGACGGUCUUCCUGGCCCUGGCCCUGCUGCUGUGUCCCCUGGGGAGAGCACUAGGAGAAGACCAGGCUUCUCCGGCCCAGGUGCUGCAGGACCUGCUGGAGCGAUAUGGGGACAACGCCACCAUCUCUGUCCCCCAGCUCCGCUCUCUGCUGGCCCGACUCAGUGCACCUGGCCAGGGGGACAACGCCACCGCAGCACAGGGGACAGCUCCACCGCCGCCGCCCAGAGUCAACCUGUCCAAAUGCUUACCUGGAGACACCCUGGCAGUGUACAGUAUGAGCGAGCAGUCUCGUCUGGAUGGGCGUGGCCUACAGGAGCUCUGCCCCACAAUGCUACAGCAAUUGGACUCGGGUGCCUGUGGGGUGGAGAAAGGGGAGAAGCUUAUCAAAGACCCACCUUCCAAACCCACUGCUGCUGAAGUUUGGGGUUACGGGUUCCUAUGCGUGACCAUCAUCUCUCUGUGUUCGCUGGUUGGGGCCAGUGUGGUCCCCUUCAUGAGGAAAACCUUUUACAAGCGCCUGCUCCUCUACUUCAUAGCCCUGGCCAUUGGCACCCUCUACUCCAACGCCCUGUUUCAGCUCAUCCCAGAGGCGUUUGGUUUUGACCCCAUGGUGGACAACUAUGUGUCUAAGUCCACGGUGGUGUUUGGAGGGUUCUACCUCUUCUUCUUCACUGAGAAGGUCCUCAAGAUGCUGCUCAGACCCAAGGAUAAGGGCCAUGACCACAGCAAUUUCCCAGCCUCAGAGCAGCUGUACGCUGCAGCCAACGGCGACAUGGAGGAGGGCGUGACAGAGAAGCUGCAGCAGAGUGGAGAGGCGGGCCUUAACCUGCCCAAGGUGGACGGAGGAGAGGGGGACCGCAUGCUCACCCCCGCACUGACCCCACCAGACUCUCAGAGCCUGGGCGGAGGGAACAGCAGAGGAGGCUGCUAUUGGCUGAAGGGCACAGCGUACUCUGACAUCGGCACGCUGGCCUGGAUGAUCACGUUGAGCGACGGGCUCCAUAACUUCAUCGACGGCCUGGCCAUCGGCGCUUCCUUCACUGCCUCAACGUUCCAGGGCAUCAGCACCUCCGUGGCCAUACUCUGUGAGGAGUUUCCCCAUGAGCUGGGAGACUUUGUGAUCUUGUUGAACGCUGGGAUGAGCAUCCAGCAGGCUCUGUUCUUUAACUUCCUGUCUGCCUGCUGCUGCUACCUGGGCAUGGGCUUUGGCAUCCUGGCAGGAAACAGCUUCUCACCUCAAUGGGUCUUUGCCCUGGCAGGGGGCAUGUUCCUCUACAUCGCCCUGGCAGACAUGUUCCCAGAGAUGAACGAGGUGAGUCGUGAGGAGGAGGAGGCGGGGGGCAGCAGCUUCCUUGUGACCUUCAUCAUCCAGAACGCGGGGCUCCUAACUGGCUUCGCCAUCAUGCUGCUACUCACCACCUACUCUGGAGCCAUCACUAUAGACUAGCAUUAACACUCACACAACUACACCCUACCGGUUUCAACCAGAUCCAACCGCUUAUAACUGGAAUGAUUCCCUUUGGAGCUGAAAGGGAAUGCCUGGCCCUCCCUCCCCAGGCUCCCUCUCUCCCUCUCAGGCCCUAUUUUGCCCUGAAUUCCCCCUCAGGAAUUCCCCCUAGAGACCCGGGGCUUCGGUUCUAGUGCGGCAGGAACGCACAUUAUAAGACUUAAGUUCUCAAAACACUUUCAUAAGCAGUUCCCAUAUGCAGUAGCUACUAGUACACUGGCAGGGGUACCCCCCUCCCUCAUUUCUCUUGGGCCUUCUCUCCCCCCUAGUACACUGGCAGGGGUACCCGCCCUCCCUCAUUUCUCUUGGGCCUUCUCUCCCCCCUAGUACACUGGCAGGGGUACCCGCCCUCCCUGAUCUCUCUUGGGCCUUCUCUGACCCCUACUCCCUCAUCUCUCUUGGGCUUUCUCUGACCCCUACUCCCUCAUUUCUCUUGGGCCUUCUCUCCCCCCCUAGUACACUGGCAGGGGUACCCCCUCCCUCAUCACUCUUGGGCCUUCUCUCCCCCCCUAGUACACUGGCAGGGGUACCCCCCUCCCUCAUCACUCUUGGGCCUUCUCUCCCACCCUAGUACACUGGCAGGGGUACCCCCUUCCUCAUCACUCUUGGGCCUUCUCUCCCCCCCUCCCUCAUCUCUCUUGGGCUUUCUCUGACCCCUACUCCCUUUCUCUGACCCCUAGCUGACUAUUCCCCCCUUCUGUUCUAUGCCACCUGCAGGGACCGGUACAAGCCAUAGUCAGGGGGCAGGACAACCAUAUUAUCUCCUAUGCUGAUGACCAACAGACAUGCAAUAUCAACAAACCAUUUAUAUAAACAUAGUUCAUAUAUAAAGUCUAUAUAUAAACUGUUAACUGGGUAUAAAUGGGCUCCCGAGUGGCGCAGCGGUCUAAGACACUGCAUCUCAGUGCUUGAGGCGUCACUACAGACCCCCUG